UUCGGGAGCAGACGAUCUUGGCAGCGCGUCUGAGCGGGACGCUUCGGAGGAAAGUUUUGUCUCCAACUUGCGCCGUCAAACGAACUUCUUCAGCGCGGGAGUGCUUGAAUCGGUCCGCGCUCUGGGAUUAAAAAAGACUGCGCCUUCAGGCGUCAAAGGCUUCUCGCCACUUGACGAGUUGUGCUUGAUGAUCGAGUGAUGACGAAAAGUGUGUGAUUGCUUCUCCUGGUUAUCGAGGCUUGAUGACUUCGAACAUGACCACAGGGGGCAUCGGCACAACCGCUUCCACUACCGUGGGUCAGGAACUUUGGUCGCUCGGAAGCCGCUUCAUCGAGACGUCGACGGCUUCGCUGGAACAUUUGCUGCGACAAAAUGUUGUCACGAUCUUGGACUAUCAGCUCAACGAGGCUGAGUGUGCCGAGUUGGACGCCCGGUUCGCCGAUCAAGCUGGAGGAAUAUCCUCGGGAAUGGAGUCACUCUCGGCGCGUCACACAGCCGGCCCCGAACAGCAGAGUCAGCACCUGUCUCUCCCCGAACCCCAGGUGGCGUACGGCCAAAGUUGCCCGUCGGCAUGGGACUCCUUCACCUGCUGGCCGCCGACUGAAGCAGGGAGGGCACUGCGCAAGCCCUGCGCCCACAUCAUCGCCUCGCUGGACAUUUCGCUGGCAGAGUCGGACGCUUCACUCGCCAAGGGUCUCUACGCCUACCGAGUGUGUGGCGCUGACGGGAACUGGCUCUGGGGAAACUGGACCAACUACACCGAGUGCCUCGGUUUGAUCAACCAACAGUCCGGCCAGCAGAGCAGUUCCGCUGUGUCCCUGGCAGUUGUGUACAUCCUGCUCUUGUUCUCCCUGCUGUCGCUGAUUUUCCUCUCGGCUAGCAUGUUCAUCUUCUGCUACUUCAGGUCUCUGGAGUGCCCGAGGACGCGAGUGCAUCGAAACCUGAUGCUUGCCCUGGCGGUGCACGCGGUGAUGCUGGUGGUGCUGUCUACGCCGCUGGCGCUUCAUCCAGAUGCGCCGACGCCCUUUGCGCAAACGCCCGUGUUGUGCAAGUGCGUGCUGUCGCUGAAGAUGUACGCGGCCACAGCCUCCAUCAACUGGAUGUUCGUCGAGGGACUGCUCCUGCAUUCGCGCGUCGCAGUCUCCGUGUUCCGGCAGGACGCGCCCUUCCGGCUCUACUACGCGCUCGGCUGGGGAUUGCCCCUGGCUUUCAUCCUGGCUUGGGCGUACCUGACAGAGAAGGAGCUGCGCACGGCAUGUUGGGAAGGCUAUGGGUCCAGCUCCUACGUCUGGAUACUCAUAGCUCCGCGCCUUGUCGCUAUACUGGUGAACUCCGUGUUCCUGGUGAACAUCGUAAGGAUCCUCGUGACACGCAUUAAGCCCAAGGCGUCAGCAUUGGAGACAACACAGUUCAGAAAAGCCAUCAAGGCCACGGCGCUGCUCUUUCCUCUGCUGGGCAUCACGCACCUGCUGUUUUGCAUCAACCCUCAGAACGAGACCAUGGGACUCAAGGAAGCCUACAUGAUCAUCAACGCCGUGCUCCAGUCGUCGCAGGGAAUAUUCGUGUCCGUGCUGUACUGCUUCAUGGACUCAGAGGACCAGCCUGCACACUGCGACAGUCUGUUCCUGGAUGCUGGAGUGAGACUGGUCAGGGACGAAGACUGCCUCAACGGGCCCCAGCGGCUCGUGGCAGACGGAUUUCUCACGCAAGAGGAGUGCGAAACCUUACUCAAGCUGAGCGAGUCCGCCACUGUGGGCAGCGGCUACGAAAAGGUCUUCCCGAUGACGGAUUAUGAAGUCUUCAGCGGAAUCACGGCAACAGAUUUGAAGGAGCAACUCAAGAAAUCGUCCAUCGACGUGUCCGCUGCUAAGCUGAUGCUGCUGGCUUCAGACAGGUCUCGCCUCUACGUCGAAGCCUACUUCCGGUUAAAGCGUAGGCUCUACAUUCAUUUCGUUCAUCUGGCCUGCAGGAAUGCCACCGAAAAUUCGACGACCGACAGAACCGACAUGAGUCACCUUAUCCACUCGGACAACUGCCAGUUCCAGGACAACAGCAGUUGCCCGGUCCUCCGGGAAAAUAUUGCCUGCCGAAACUUUAGCGCGGUCAUCUACUUGAACGAUGUCCACGGAGGCGAGAUGGUCCUGGCGACGGCACCACGGACCAGUAUCCGCGCCGUCAUCGCACCCAAGUGCGGUCGCAUGGUAGCCCUGAACAGCCGCAACCCCCACGGAGUGCUGCCCGUCUUCUCGGGGCACCGCUGCGCCCUCCUCACGUGGAUGACGUACGAGAGCGGUGAACAAGACUCGGCGUUGUCGGAUUGCUGGAGGAUGAUGGGAUACGUGGACGGUGACGGGUACUACCGCAACGCGAGCCAAUACCAAUGAGCUCCAGCGAACACCGAGUUUGCUGACUAGCGCGCGAGAAACGGCGACGUCUGACGCCCGCUUAUUAAACAUGACCACAAAUGCCCCGCGGCUCUAUUUUUCAUCAGGCCGCUUGCGCCUGCCAGCGCCGAUUGACCGUUCGACUUUUCCAGCCUCAUUCAAGAUUUCCAGUUACCUGAAGCUUUGUUUAAUGCACAUUCACUGCUCGUAUUAAGAACGUUUA